AUGUUUGGCCGAAUCGUCCCUGCGUCUGCGUUCCUGGCGGUGACGACUGUGUUUGUCGGAGGUCUUUUGGUACCGGCAACGAAUGGCGCGGUGUCAAAUAGUACAAACACCCUAUCCCCCUUCCUCUACACGCCCCUCCCGCUCACCGCCAUCCGCCCACGCGGCUGGCUCUCCUCUCAAUUGCACCUCUCCGCCGCGGGGCUCGCCGGCCACGAACACGACUUUUACCGCUACGUCUCGGACAGUACCUGGCUCGGCGGGUCCACGGAGUAUAGCGAGCUCCACGAGUCUGCGCCCUACUGGUUCAAUUACAUUGUCCCGCUCGCAUAUGUGCUCGACGACGCAAGACUCAAGGCGCAGGCGAAGAGCUUCCUGGAUUAUGUGCUCGACCACCAGGCUGAGGAUGGGUGGAUUGGCCCGGAGACAACGAGGGAGACGAGGGGCAUAUGGGCCAGGGCGUUGGUGCUGUUUGGGAUGACGCAAUACGCAGAAGCGGACCCGAGCGAGACAGAGCGCAUCGUAGACUCAAUGCACAAGUUCACCGUGCUAGCGCACGACAUGCUGGCGAGCAACUUCACGGGGCUGAUCCAGCAAAGCGGCGAUAAUUUCGACCCGUGGCGGUUUGGGCUGGCGCGCACGCACGAGCUGGUCAUGUCGCUACAGUGGUUAUACGAGAACUACCCGCGCGGGCAGGAGCAGGUCAUUUGGGAGACGAUGGAGCUCAUGUUUGAGGGCGGGAGGGUUGGCGAGAGGGAUUGGACGACGUUCUUCGUGGAGGGGGUGUUUCCGAAGGUGGGGACGCCGGCGAUUAUGGAUACGAGAUUUACGCAUGGAGUGAAUCUGGCGCAGGCUUUGAGAUAUCCGGCGGUGCUGUAUAGGAUGACGAAAGAGGACGGGCUCCUGACGCAGACGAGGAAUGCCGUGAACUGGACUUAUACAUAUCAUGGGUCCAGCUCUGGUACUAUCAUUGCAGAUGAACAUCUCGGGGGUCUCUCGCCACAAAGAGGGUCUGAGCUCUGCAUGUCCGUGGAGACAAUGUUCUCCCUCUCUUACCUGUACCGCUUCCAGGGCGACAACGCCUUCGCCGACGGCGUCGAGCGCGCCGCCUUUAACGCAUUCCCAGCUGCAAUAUCGCCCGACUGGUGGAGCCACCAAUACGUCACGCAGACAAACCAGCCGUGGUCGAGGAACCUGACGGUAAAGCCGUUUUAUAACGUUGUGUCGUAUGGAAACACCUUUGGCCUGGAACCAAAUUUUCCUUGCUGCACGGUCAAUCACCCGCAAGGAUACCCCAAGUUCCUCGCAACAUCGUUCCUCAAGGCCGGCUCCAACGGGCUCAUUCACGCCCUCCUCAGCCCGUCGGAAGUCACGACGACGCUCGCCCACGGUAACAAGGUCACUGUGUCUGUUGAUACGAUAUACCCGUUCGGUGACACUCUAGUGUACACCAUCACCGCCAGGUCCUCUUUUGACUUCUAUAUCCGCAUCCCGUCCUGGACUGUUCUUGCCUUGUCGAGUAUUUCCGUAGAUGGUAAGAAGGCCGGAGCAUUAACGCCUGACGAGAACUCACUGCAGAAGGUGGCAGUGAAGAGCGGGAGGACGACGGUCAAGGUAAAGCUGGGGAUGGAGGUCAAUGUAGUCACCCGGGGCUCCGGCGGUGUCGCGGUGUACCGCGGACCUCUACUAUAUGCUCUCGAUCUCGAGUACUCAUCCGAGUCCUUCCAGCCACUAAACUGGACCGACACCCAGCCGCUGCCAGGAGAAGAGACCCUCCCCGAAACGCGUGAUCAUAUCCUCGAGACACCGAGCGAAUGGCGCAUCGCAAUCGACCCCACAAACCUCACCGUCAAUGACAACUCCGCAGGCCUCAAGAUGGCCGACCUGCCCAGCCCUAUCUUUGCGCGCGGGGCCGCGCCCGUCAGUAUCACUGCUGCCGCAUGCGCGGUGGCGUGGAAUGUGACGCUGGAUUCGCCCGCGCUGCCGCCGCUGAGCCCCGCGUGUGUGGGGGAGAGGGUCAAUGUGACGCUGAGUCCGUAUGGGACGGCGAAGGUGCAUAUGGCGGAGUUGCCGAUCGUGGGGUUUUGA